UAGGUCCUGUAAGUGAAAGAAGAUGGGGUCUGGCUGCCUAAAAGUCACCAAGUACUUCCUCUUCCUCUUCAAUCUCCUAUUUGUUAUCCUGGGCGCUGUCAUUCUGGGUUUUGGAAUAUGGAUUCUGGCUGACAAAACCAGUUUCAUUGCGGUUCUACAGAUGUCAUCUCCCUCCCUGAAGACUGCUGCAUACAUCCUCAUCGGUGUUGGGGCUCUCACCAUGCUGAUGGGGUUCUUGGGUUGUCUUGGAGCUGUCAAUGAAAUCCGAUGUCUCUUGGGUCUGUACUUCACCUGCCUGAUGGUAAUCCUCAUAACUCAGGUUGCUGCUGGACUGGUCAUCUACUUCCAGAAAGAAACGCUGAAAGAAGAGUUGUCCCACAUAGCUGGAAGUCUGAUUGAAAAUUAUAACCCUUCGAAUGAUGAUAAGAGGAACUUACAGGAUGCAUGGGACUAUGUACAAGCACAGAUUGCCUGCUGUGGCUGGACUGGAGCAAAGGACUGGGAAAAUAAUGAGAUUCUUAUCAAUCAAAGCAUGACUAUGUAUCCCUGCUCCUGCUCCAAUAGCUCCAAGGACCUCCAGGUAGAUAGCGGUUUCUGUAAUCUGGAUGUCCCUGUCAACAGCACUGCAACGUAUGCUGACUGGCCUGUUCAUGAGCAGGGAUGCAUGGAUGGUGUAGAGAAGUGGUUGAAGGACAACCUUGGUGUCAUUCUUGGGGUCUGCACCGGUGUUGCUGUUAUAGAGCUGCUGGGGAUGAUACUGUCCAUUUCACUCUGCAAGAACAUACACAGCGAAGACUACACCAAAGUGCCCAAGUCUUGAAUUGGCUGACUGAGAGCUACAGCACCACAGAGAAAGAAGCAAAUGGAACAUUCCAGCCUCAUACCCAGACUGUCCAACCAUUGACCAUUAUUCCUGUGACAUCCCAUUUCUGAUACCACUCUGCUAAGAACUGUUAGAGCUGCAAUACAGCCUGAUCUUCUGGCAAUAGGGUCCUUGGGCCACCUGCAUCCUGCCUCUGGAUUAUUUCUACUUCAAGAAGCAGAACUCAACUGUCUUGUAUCACAUGAGACACC